GUAUGUCCAUUAAUUUGGAGAAUAUUCGGAUGAUUCGGUCCUUUUCGUCUUCGGGCUCGAAAUUUGCACACGACACUUAGUUUACUCAAAAAUGGCCACCGCCGGAAAGCCUAUUACCUGUAAAGCUGCUGUUGCUUGGGAACCAAAGAAGCCACUUUCUAUUGAAACUGUAGAAGUUGCCCCUCCAAGAGCAGGUGAAGUAAGAAUUAAGUUAACGCAUACUGGAGUGUGUCACACAGAUGCAUACACAUUAGAUGGGUUUGACUCAGAGGGCAAGUUUCCUGUCAUUUUAGGCCAUGAGGGUGGAGGUAUUGUAGAAAGCGUGGGAGAGGGCGUUACAUCAGUUGCUCCAGGAGACCAUGUGAUUCCAUUGUAUAUUCCACAGUGUAAGGAAUGCAAAUUUUGUAAGAGUCCAAAAACAAAUUUAUGCAGCAAAAUUAGGAGUACCCAGGGAAAUGGAGUAAUGCCAGAUGGAACAACCAGAUUUACAUGUAAAGGAAAAGAAGUAUUUCACUUUAUGGGCUGUAGUACCUUCAGUGAAUAUACUGUUGUAGCCAGUAUUUCUGUGUGCAAGGUUGACCCAGCAGCUCCAUUAGAGAAAGUGUGUCUGUUAGGAUGUGGUAUAUCUACUGGAUAUGGUGCUGCCCUUAAUACUGCUCAGGUAGAGAAAGGAUCAACCUGCGCUGUUUGGGGUCUAGGGGCAGUUGGUUUGGCUGUGGUGAUGGGCUGCAAGGCUGCUGGUGCUAGUCGUAUCAUUGGUGUUGAUCUAAAUCCAGACAAGUUUGAAAUUGCAAAGACUUUUGGUGCUACUGAGUUCAUUAACCCAAAGGAAUUUAGCAAGCCUAUACAAGAAGUCAUGGUAGAGAAAACAGAUGGUGGGUGCGACUACACUUUUGAAUGCAUCGGAAAUGUUGGCACCAUGAGGGCUGCGUUAGAAUCUUGCCAUAAAGGUUGGGGAGUAUCAACAAUUAUAGGAGUGGCCGCAGCAGGGCAGGAAAUUUCUACACGACCAUUUCAACUAGUGACAGGUCGUACAUGGAAAGGAACGGCUUUUGGAGGCUGGAAAAGUGUCGAGAGUGUGCCAGUGUUAGUUGACAAGUACAUGAAGAAAGAAAUGAUGGUGGAUGAGUUUGUCUCACACAACAUGGACCUUGAGAAAAUUAAUGAAGCUUUUGACUUGAUGCACUCUGGAAAGAGCAUCAGGACAGUGGUUGCAUUGAAGUAAGCAUUCAGAAUGGAUCAUGUGACCUGUGACAAGGGCCCUAUCACAUUGUGAGGCUGCUGUAAUGAUGACUUCCGUAUGAUUGGUUGAUUUAUAUCACAUGUUGUCAUGACUGCUGUAUGAUUGGUUGAUUUAUGUCACAUGUUGCGAUGACUGCCGUAUGAUUGGUUGAUUUAUAUCACAUGUUGUCAUGACUUCUGUAUGAUUGGUUGAUUUAUGUCACAUGUUGCGAUGACUGCCGUAUGAUUGGUUGAUUUAUGUCACAUGUUGCGAUGACUGCCGUAUGAUUGGUUGAUUUAUAUCACAUGUUGUCAUGACUGCUGUAUGAUUGGUUGAUUUAUAUCACAUGUUGUCAUGACUGCCUUAUGAUUGGUUGAUUUAUAUCACAUGUUGUCAUGACUGCCGUAUGAUUGGUUGAUUUAUAUCACAUGUUGUCAUGACUGCCGUAUGAUUUAUAUCACAUGUUGUCAUGACUGCCGUAUGAUUGGUAGCUAUUAUAUUAACUUUUGUUUCAUACUGAUUUACUUUGAUUGUGACAUGAUUUGUUUUUGAUUUGUUAAUUAACCUAGUCUGUAAAGGCCUUUUCUUUGGUGCUUGGAGUUUACUUUAACUUAAGUUUGCUUAAUUUAUAGUCUUUGUUAACAACUAUUUUAUUGUUUGUUUCAUUUAAUAUAAAAGUCAGUAGCUUUUCAUGUCAACUAGUUUUACUUAAGUGUGUUUGUUGAAAUAAGUCAUAUGAUGUGUUGCUUAAAUUUGAUACUAUUUUUUAUAGAAUUAUGUGAUGUUUGUUAGGGCAUUGAUAUGUGAAAGCUUGAGGUCAUUUAGGCAGUAAUCAAAUAACAGGAUUUACCAAUAACAGUGGUACUAAAGUAUGGUAAUUAAAUUUUGAUAAUAUAAAUUAUGAUAUUAUUGGAAAAGGGUAAUAACUGUGUAUGUAAUAUUUCUUAAGAAUAAUCUGGGUCUUUAUACUUGUUAAGGGUGUCAUAUUUUUAUUUACAUUUAUAAAUUAUUUGCAUUUAAAGAAGUAAAGGUUAUACUUUUCUAAUUAUAUUUUCAAUGUUUAAGAAGAAACUAUAGUUAAUGAUACUGCCAGGUUAUCUGCAUGUGAUAAUGACAUGGGAACCAGCUUAUAAAUGUAUAUAUAGUCAUGUGUGAGCCAGGACUCAUAUACUUUCAUUGUGUAAAAUAAUGCAUUUAUUCUAUUCUUGUGUUGAAAAAUUGAAGAAAAAAAGAGACCGGAGUGACAAAAUGUUCAUAUAAAUGUUUGUUUAUACUUUUGCAUUUAUUUCGCUUUUUAAUUCAAACGAAUAUAAUGUAUGUAGCAAAUGCAUCACAAAUAGACAAUGUUAUUUUGGCUAACAUACACAAUUUACUUGGUUUUCUGAAUUUCAGACAGAUACAGUAUUUUUUAUAAAAAUAAUGACCUGGAAUUUGUGCAAAAGUACAGAGUUUAAAUUUUCAAUUUAAUGAAAAUCAUUUUAUAUAUCACUAAAUUGAUGGUCACAAAUUGUGCAUAAUUUUGAAGCCCAAUACUGAAUACUUAAAAGCAUUAUUAUAUGUGUAAUUGAUGAUAAUUAGACCAAAUAUUUACAAUUUAAUCAUAAUAAAAAAUAAAAAUAUUAACAGAUA